CGCCAAUGUGAUUUGGCGCAGGAUCGUAAUAUGGCCACCGCAUUUCUCUAAAAAAAAUCCACUUUCUUUAUUGUUUGCCAAAGAUUCAAAAGAGCUUCAAAGGAUUCUGUGAGCUAAAGCGUGUAAUCUAUUUCGUUGCAAAAACAGCCCAUUUUGGCAGAAUUGUGUAUUUUUGGAGUGAAAUAGAUUCGUUUGAUUGUGCUAAAUUUUGAUUUGACUCCGCGAGUGACUAAAAUUCCGGGAGGGAAUUUUGAAUGCAAAAAAGGAGCCUCUUUGAGGGAUUUUACAAGGAGCCCCAGCUAAUUGACAGGCAGAAGAGAAGUUGUGUCUGCGAGGAGAAGAGUUUGGGGAAGGUUCAGCUGAAGAGUGUGCGAAAUGAUGCACCACAACAGUCAUCCAACGCACCAUCCCCACAUUCAUCCACCCAUUCAUCCCAGCCUCCAGCAACAGCAUCCACCGCAGCACUUGGGGCAGCAGAUGCCGCACCACAUGCCACCCAAUAUCAAUCAUCAUUCAGCCGCUGCUGGAUCUCACCAUGGCUUCCCACGUGAUCAGAUGAAUAGACUUGGACACCAUCCGAGGAUUAACCAUCAUCAAAUUCACCCCAAUCACGGGAGGGUGCCAAAGCAACAGCAACAGGGUGCACAGCAGCACAACAAUUCAAUGAUGAUGGGGCAGCAGCAAGUGAAGGGGCAACAGCAAAACCAACCACAUGGUGGGAUAAAUUCAACCGCUGGGGGUGUAACGAGUGGGGCGACACAGUUGCCACCGCAGCAGCAGCACCAUCAACAGAAGAAACAGCAACAGCAGCAGCAGAAGCAAAUACAACAAAUGCAAGUUCCACAGAAUCAAAAUUCUCAAUCAUCACAGAGACUUUUGCAGACUAUUGAGACAAAGCCAAACCCAACGACAACAAAUACAUCCCCGACUGGACCAAAUAUUCCAACUGUUUCUGCUGCAACGGCGACACCGCCAGCCCCGUUGCAGGAGAAUAAGCCAAAAAUUGAGAUAUCUGGUCCCGAUGUUGAUGCAUCAACGUCAAAAGAGAAAUCACAACAGUCUGCAACGUCUGAAACCUUGGCAAACAUUAAAGAGAAAACUCCAAUGUGUCUUGUAAAUGAAUUGGCACGACACAAUAAGAUUCAACACCAAUAUCGCUUGACUUGCGAACAGGGUCCAGCGCAUAAGAAAAAAUUCACCGUGAUACUGAAAUUGGGCGAGGAGGAGUACACAGCUGAGGGGCCGAGUAUAAAGAAGGCACAACAUUCGGCUGCGGCGGAAGCCAUAAGUGCCACAAAGUAUAAACAUCCGCCAACAAAGACAAAUCGUACACGGGGUGGGGCGAAGGGGAGUGAGAAUCACGUGGGGAACAUAACGCCAACUGUUGAGCUGAAUGCCCUUGCAAUGAAACGCGGGGAGCAGACGGUGUAUGUGACGGAGCACCCGAUGAAGGGAGCUCCGAUCAAUGGGAUACCACCACCGGCCGCUCAGGCAUUUGCACAACCUCAAUCGGGAAGCAAUGGCGCGAGCUAUAUGGCCCCAUCGCAUCCCCUCAAUCCGCAUGCAACGUCCUACAGUGGCCAUCCGUCAUUUGGGGGCUUUCAGGGUCGCAACGCAGGCCCGCAGAAUGUCUAUCCGCCCGCCAUGUCGCGUUUCCACAACUUUGACAAGAGAUCAAUCCCCGGAAGGGGAUUCACGGCGCGAAAUCCUCCCCCAAUGGCCACGCAGUUCCCGCCAGCGGGGACAUUUGAGCCAUAUCGCGUUACCCUCACAGUGGGUGAGAGGCAAUUUGUUGGUGUUGGCAAUACGCAACAGGCGGCAAGGCAUGAUGCAGCCUCACGUGCGUUGGAGGUACUCAAACCCAUUACGAGUGAUUCCCCAAAUCAGGAUCUGUCCCUCACGGAGGACAUUAAUGCAGAACUAAAGUCUCCCAUUUCGUUGGUGCACGAAAUGGCACUCAAACGGAAUCUCACUGUUGGUUUUGAGGUGAAAACGGAAAAGGGGCCACCGCAUAUGAAGAUCUUUGUGACAAUUUGCACAGUGGGCACACUCAAGACUGAAGGUGAAGGGAAUGGGAAGAAGAUUUCAAAGAAACGUGCUGCAGAAGCAAUGCUGGAAGAGCUGAAGAAAUUGCCACCAAUUUCCCCAACUCAGCGUAUUAUUAAACAAAAGCGCAAACCACAAGAUGCCGUGAAGAAGAAAACGCGAAAUUUGAUAAAGGAGAAAGAUGAUCCGGAGUACCAUGCCGAAGUGAAUGCCAUUUCGAAGCUCAUUCAAAUUCAGCAAUCAAAGAAGGAGAAAGAGCCCGUUUAUGCGUUGGCUGAGGAGCGCGGGGCGCCGAGGAGGAGGGAAUUUGUCAUUGAGGUGAUGGCGAGUGGGAUGACAGCCGUUGGUGUGGGAUCGAAUAAGAAAUUAGCCAAACGGCUGGCAGCUGAGAGUCUCCUUGCGUUAAUGGGGUAUGGUAUUGGGAAGGAGAAGGGGGAAAAUGGGGCGGAAAGUACCUCAGGGGCUAGUCCAAGUCCCGAAAAGGGGGGGAAGAAGGUGACGUACCAGGAACGCGCAUCAGAAGCAGCAUCCACAGGUGGAAGUGCUGGGAGGCAACUUGUUCCGGGGUUGUUGCUAAUGCAGCAGAAGGAUGGCGGUAAAGGGGAUAAGGGGAGGAACACCACGGUACUCAAUCCACACACAACGGCGGCAAUUGCAAAGGAAUUCCUCGCUGGGGGAACGUCUCCAACAGCUGAUGCCCUCACAAAGGGAGGAGGGGAGCAGCAAACGGCAGCAAAGACGACAAUCAACAACAAUGUGACGAAUGAGAAGACAAAUGAGACGCAAUCGUCCGUUCUAACGGAAGGAAUUCGACCUAAAGAGCAACUCCUCUAUCUCGCUCAACUUAUUGGGUUCAAUGCUCAAUUUUCAGACUUCCCAAAAGGCAAUCACGGUGAAUUUUUAACACUGAUCACCUUGUCAACGGAUCCACCACAAUUGUGCCAUGGUUCUGGCAAUAGUAUAGAAGCAUCGCACGAUCAGGCAUCCACGAAGAUGUUGACGAUGCUCAGUGAACUGGGUUUGGACAAUGUUCAUCCCGUCAAGACGACACAGCAACCCCCAUCAACGCCAUCCGUUGAUGAGACCACCAAGAAACCCAAAUCAAUCCUCACGAAUGGCUUGAAGAAGUAACUCUUCUCUUCUUUAUUAUUUUCCUUAAUCACAUCGCUCUGCAACUUCCUGUGCUUUUGUGUAAGUAAAAAAAUCAUUGCAAGUCUUUUUUUUUAUUUAAUUUUAUCUUCAUUAUAUAAAUAAAUAUAUUACGCCCGUAUUGUAUAAGUUAUUAAGCCAUUGCAGCCAUUGAAAAUGAGAUAAAUUUUCAAUAGAAAGAAAGGAUAGCAUGUACAAAAAUCCCUCCAAAAUCCAAAUUUGCUUGAUUUAUGGUGUAAAGUUAAUAAAACUAAAAGUAAAUGAAAAAAGUUUAUUAUUGUUUUCUUCAAACAUUAAAAAAAAACAGGAAAAUGCAAUAAAAUUAUCAAAAUAUUAACUAAUUAUGUUUUACGUCUUCUGUGCAACAAAACAAAAUAUUUCUCUUGUUUAAUUUUUUUAAGUUGGAUUUUUUUUAAAUCUUUCUGUUUAACUUUUUUUUUAUAAAACAAUUUUGAAAAUGAAGAAAGAAUGAAAGAUCAUCAAAAGAAAGUGCUAAAGUCUAGAUAGUCUUGAAGAUUUUAAAGGAAGAAUUAGGUUUUUUUUUAAAGAAUUUUUUAAGUUUUCUUGUUCGUAACUUAGGAUUUUUAAGUCAGUUUGAAUCGGGCUAAAAGCAUAUUUUUAGAAGAUUUUUUAUGACCGUAUGCGGACACCGAAAUGCCUGAAAAAUCUUUCAAAAAUAUGCAUUUAGCCUGAUUGAGCCUGACUUGGAAAAUCUCAAGUUUCGUUUAAGGAGAACUUAAGAAAUCUUUAAACUGUCAUACUAAUGAAUUUCGCUCUAUAGUCCUGAGAAUCUUAAGCCGUUUUUCAUUAAUCCUCUAGAAAUUUUCUAAAUGUUUCUGAUUUUCCCAUUUUUUUAAGGAAAAAUUAGUAAAAGAAAAUAUAUGAAAAAGGAAAAUUUAAAGAACUUCAUCCUUUACAAUAUUAUUUUUUGAAACAUUUUAGGAUUUUAAUUCUUCAUUUCGUCUAUACAAUCUUUAUUUAUAUAAAAGCACAGACUAUUUAUAAAUAUAAAUAAAAAGAAACAAACUGAAAAUAAUCUUUGUUUUUAAAAGAUCAAAAACUUGAGAUUUUUUAUUAUUAAAUUUGAAUUAACAGAAAUAUCUUUUCAGCUCCUAUAUUUAUUUUUAUAGUACAUACUCCUACACCAAUAUGUAUAAUAAUUCUAUUAGAAAAGUUCCUUUCGUGAGUAAAGUGAAUUCAAAAUGAAAAGGAAAAUAAAUCCCUUAAAUAUUUAAAAAAAAAAAAAUAAAUAAAUGUUGAAGGAAAAUAUCUGUGUAACAUUUUUUAAGGCAUAAUGUAUCACAAAUAUUAUUCUUUUUUUCUAAUUAUUUCCUUUUAAAUCUACUUUGUUAAGUUAUUGACUUUAUUAUUAUUUUUUUUAAUUCUUAUUUUUUGUCUCUAAUGUAGAUCUGUCGUGUAUCUCCUGAAUUUUUUUUUAAAGGUUUUUAUUCUUCAAAUAAAAGUCGAGAGAUACAAACAAUUUUACUUUUUUUGGUUUUAAUUAUUAAUUUUUUAAAUUAGUUUUUCUCGCGUUGAAAUUAUUUGUUUUUUGGGAAAAAUUUUUCAAAGAAACAAAUUCCAAAUUUUUUUAUUAUGAAAUUUGAAAAAGAAAGAAAUAAAAAAUUUAAUAAAAGUUACUGUUAAAACUUGGAGAAAAAAAAAUGCGAAACUAUUACGGAGAAAUAAGAUUAAAAGAAAAGAAUUUAAAACAUUUUGUUGAUUUCAUUUCGUUUAAAAACAAUAAUUUUCCUUUUCUACUAAUUUGUUAAAAUAAAUUAUAAAAAAAUAUCAUUAAUAAAUUUGUUAAUUGAGGCAAAAAAAAAGAAAGAAAAAUUGAGAGUUUAUGUGUCUAAACACGGGGUACAGACAGAUAAAUUUAUUAAGAAGAAAAAAUAAUAAUUUUUCUCUUUGAUUUCUAAAUAAGAAAAAUAACAAAGAAAUCUAUGAGAAAUAUUAAAAUAAACUACCUAACCUACCUACAUAUAAAAUAAUAUAUUGAGAGGAAGAAAAAAAAUUAUAAAUGUAUCUCCUUAUAUAAAAUAAACAAAAAGAAAAAAUAAUGUAUAUUGCAACAUCCUAAUGAUUUUUAAAAAUAUUUAAUUUAUAUAAAAAAAAAAACUUUCUUUUUCGGCGAUUCUUUCCUUUCUAUCCAGGACGGGGAAUUGUGUACAAAAAGAAAAUAAAAAUAUAAUUUUUUAAUUUAAAAUAAAAUAAAAUAAAAUGUUUCUGCUGCUGCUGGAUUUUCUACACAAUUUUCCCUCCUUGAUUGUAUUAGAAUAUAAAAAGAAAAGAAAAUUUAUUAAAUAUUCUAAGCAUAUGUUUAUGUAUAUAUUAAAACAAAUGAAAUCAAUAAAAGUAUGUUAGUAAUUGUAUUAAAAAAAAAA